GUUUUAUAAAUUUAUGAACCGUAUAAACAGCGAAUAUAUAUGCUUUGAAGAUUAGGUUCAAAGGUUGAUCGCUUCUAACAUACAUAAGUUUUUAUAACCAAAGGGAAGGUAGAUGUAUGUGUUUAGUGGUCUACACCGUGAAAGUUACACGUUUAUAAGUUGAAUGGUUUCCAGUAUUUAACGUUGGUGAAAAUGGGUAAAUGGGAUGUGAUACAGUGGACAAGGAAAUCAACGAACAGUGUACGUGAUAAACAACCAGUAAAUUCCUGCUUUGGAUUGUAUCCACAGGUAUAUACACCUACAAAGCUAGUAUACAAGGCUGCAAUAAUCUGCAAUGAAUUUGAAAAACCGGAAGUAGGUGUCGUCAAGGCUAGGCGAUAUAGACCUGGGACAGAAAGAUACUGGCAGGGAGAAUUGGACCAAAAUCGCUAUGCACACCAAGUAGCAACCGCGUUUACAGAUCAAACGCUUGCUGCUAGAAUAGAAAUCGUGGACCAAUAUCUAGCACCACUCCAUAGACACACCAGUUGGGACAAAGUCUGCCUAAAACUAAAGCCAAGAUAUUUUAGACAGUUGUUGAAGUUCGAAAUUGUGUUACUGGAAGAAGUUGUGCGAGAUCUAAAGCCUUUCAAAAACGAUAGAGUUUUAGAUGCGUUUUCUCAUUUUUCAUAUUCAGAAAGCAAUGGUGAAAAUAUGUUGAAUGCAUUUCAAGGCAACCGAUCAGACGAGGGAAUAUAUCUGAUGUUAACCCCAGACAUGUUAACCCAUAAGUACGAUAUUCACAAAUGGUUUGAAAAACACACAUGUAAUGACAUUUGUGGUAAAUUUAAAAAGCCACCGAGUAUUACUGAAACCAUUCAACCCAUGAAUAUUCCACCAACCGACAAUAUGUUCUUUAAUUUUCAAAACGAUUCUCGACCACCGAGCUACGAAGACGAUAUGUCCAGAGAUGCACCGAACGAAAAGGGUAAUGACAAUGCUAACUUAGAAACUACUUUUGGAGCUAAAUCUUGUGACGGGUCAUUUUCUGUCGUCACUGCAUUAGUACAUUCCGACAGUUUUGGGAAGAAUAAACCUUUAUUGCAGGAACAAACUAGCAUUCAAGUUGGAGAAAAGUCGACACUAACAACAGAGCAGCUACCAGUCGACAAUGAGGAUGUUACCGGCCAAGAUUGCCUUGACGGGAGAGAUAGUCACAUACAAGAUACUGGACCGACGAAUAUCAACCUUUAUAGAUUUAAAAGUUUAGACGAAGAUAAGCAAAUGAAUAAGACAGUUUCUUUGAGAAGUGAAAACUUGCCUGGAAAUGACAUUGAAGAAAUAGAGGUCGGCAACUACGACAUGGCGAGUUCAAAGUUCGAGGCAACAACUCUUGUCAUGAGGCCUAACUUUUAUUCUUUAAAUGUCAGUGACAUCAGAAAUGAAGACAAUUUGAAUAGUACCGAGCACUAUGUGGACGUAGAGAAAAAAGAUCAACAUGCAAAAGUUUCCGUGGAAAAUUGUUUUGGAAACGAAGAAAUACCAAGAUAUGUAAACAGCGUCGGUAGAGAUAUAGUAACGUCCACACCGUUUCCUAGUCCAAAUUUGGCAAAUGAAAAUGAUCAAUCACAACAAUAUAUAUCCGAACAGAAUUCCUCAUCUCAAGAAAGUAGUCCGUUCAUACCACAACAAAUUAUAUCUGAAGAACAUUGUCCGAGUGAAAACUCUGACAUGACACAGAAUCAUGCAGAAAAUAGUGAAUCAACAUUUUCAUCCACAUUAUCAUGUGAACCUGAACAACCAACAGAAUUUCAAUCAAGUAUGUCAUCUGUACUUCAACUGCAAUGUCAAAAUACAUAUAACAUUUCACAAUCAGAAAACAUAUUUCCAUUUAGUCAUACUGAACAAAAUACUAACCAAUCGCAACAACGGGAUGAACACUAUAAGCCUCUUGUCACUGAAGAAUGGAACUCUGAAUCAAAUACAUAUUGUGAAAUACAAAAUCUUGGAACAAUUUCUUUGCCAGUCACAGAGGUCUCAGCGUCGACUUCGAUGAAACCAAACGCUUCUGACCUUGACAUUUCGAAUGAAAGUACACUUAGCUCCUUAGAGAUGUUUGCGAGAAAUUAUAUCAUACCUGAAUAUGAUGCAAACGAACAAAAUAAUUCAAAUUCUUUUUUGUCCACGGAUGUAAAGGAAACAAAUGAACAAUUUAUGAUAGAUAUCACAGAAAAUGUGGAAAAUAGCAAUAAACAUGAAACAGAAGUGGAACUAAUUAGUGAAAAACACGAUAAAGUAUCUACAUACGCAGGAACAAAUAUAGCAACCAAUACACUUCUUGUGAAAGAAGAACCGGAAAUAUCAUCUAAAGCAAUAGAAUUACAAGAUAACUGUAUUAAUACAAUACCUACCGAUUGUGAAAAUGUGUCGGAAAAGGAGAAAACAGAACCAAUGUCUGUCCUUGACGAAAACAAAAUUACAGAAAACACCGUCGAAACAAUGGAACGUGCAGAUUUAACGGCAAAUGAUAAGACCGAGCAAAAUUCUUUUCUGGACAAUGAUGAUAACGAUGUCCAGAAAUUACUUGAUGUCCAGAAGUUACUUAUAUCAACCUCAGAUAACACCGAUUCUAUGGAAAAAGAAAAGAACGAACGCAACUCUCGUCUCAACAGCGAUUCUCAUAAACCAUCCAACCCAGAAUUUUUGAUAAAAUAUAAUUUACAUGAGUUUGUUGAUCCAAACGAGAACGGAAGUUAUUGUCAUUCUCCAAACUCUACUCCUGCGUCGAUACCAACCACUUCAGAACUAUCGGAACAACCCAGUUCACCACAAAUAACAACUACUGAAGCAGAAGUAGUUCCGUUUCAACGACAAAAGCCGCUUACAUCAUCACUGCGUUCAAGUAGGCAAAAACACAAAACUAAAAGCGUGAAAUUUGCAGAUGAUAUAAAUGUUGGGACGAGAAACAAUUUUAAUGGACAGCAGACUGAAAAUAACCUGGGACAAAAACCACAAACAAUAUUACCAGUGAUAAAAAAUUCAACGUCAGAUUCUACAGAAACGAAAAGUUUAGAGCCUAUAAACUCGGUGGAUGCAAACUGGUAUACACAUAUUCCUUGUGAAUGUUGCGAUAACCAAAACAUAACCGGACGAGACUGAAGAUAAUAUAUUGCGUUUAAACUAAUGCUGUAGAAAUUUUACUGGAAAUUAUUCAAUGCACAAAUUGGUUCGGUUCCGUGUAAAAGAAGAAUUCAUCUCGAUGUUAAACACAUCUGGACAAGAUUUUAAGCUUACUUAUUUCUUUGUCGAGCCAAAAAUGUGAAGGUUAGACAAACUGUUUCCUUGACUGGAUUAAUUAACUCCUUAAAUCUAUAUAAACGUGGGAUACCGAUUUCAGGAAUAACCUUUAUCAGGUUUGCCAAAGUCAGGCACUGACUUAUAUUUAUAAACGUGUGCUACUGAGGUUUUCCAAGGUCAGGCAAAAGUCAGGCACUGACUUAUAUUUAGCAAACGGAACUUGGAUUGUUUAUAAUGGUUCACCUAACGUAUAAGUAAACUUGUACACCUCAAAAUGAAAAAAAAGUUGUGGACCAAAACGAGUCGUCGGCUUCACAUGUAGUUCAACGGCUAACAAACUACGGAUAUCGUAUUUCUAUCAACUUUAAAAUCAGGAUUCUAUGAUAGUUUGACCUGGAUUCCUAAUCAACGUUAAAACAUUUAAUAAUUUCAAUAGGAUGAAAAUAGUUGUCUGUGUUUCUAUUCAUAGAUUGGAUUACGCAAACAACGUCAAGUUAAAAACAUAAUACUAUUAUGCAAUUGUAAACAAUGCUGUAUAUAUAUCAAAAUGUUAUUACAUAAUUACAACUGAAAUUAACUAUUAGUUUA